UUCAUAACAAUUGUCACCUCUCUCUUAAUUGCCUAUGUUUUAAACACAAAUUUAAAUGGCCCUGAUUGCCAAUCUUGUAGAAUGUCCUAUAUGAUACCUGCUUACGCAAAAUUAAAUGCCUUUGAUUCAUCUCACACAAGAUUUGCUUCAAAAUACUCGUUAUACCUCUAUCGUGAACAGUAUAAAGAUACCAAUCCCAAUGAUAACACACUGUUUUUAAAUGGUAUUCCUGUUCUUUUCAUCCCCGGUAAUGCUGGCAGCUACAAACAAGCGAGAGCCUUAGCUGCUGAAGCUGCAACACAAUACUAUACAACCAAAAAAGAUCUCUUAAAUUUAAACAAAAAUAUCCAAAAUUUGGACUUUUUCACUGCUGAUUUUAAUGAAGACUUUACUGCCUUUCAUGGAAGAACUUUGCUAGACCAAGCUGAAUAUUUAAAUGAUGCCAUUAAAUUCAUACUAUCCUUAUACAACCACCCACACAACUACAAACAAUCUGUUAUAAUCGUCGCUCAUUCCAUGGGUGGAAUUGUCGCUAGAGCAAUGCUAUCAUUGCCAAACUAUAAGAAAAAAUCAAUAAAUACUAUAAUAACUCUAGCCACGCCCCAUUCAAUUCCACCUGCUACCUUCGAUGGCGAUAUCAUAAAAGUUUACUCUGCAGUAGAUAAAUUUUGGAGAUACAAUUUUUUAAAUCUUUCUAAAACCCACUCAAAAAACAUCUAUGAUAAUCCCCUAAAAAACGUUUCUCUCAUAUCAAUAACAGGUGGAAGAUCUGAUACAACUCUACCUGCUGACUAUACAUCGUUGGCAAGCCUUGUGCCAAAAUCAAAUGGUUUUACUGUAUUCACAACUGGAAUUCCUGGUGUUUGGACACCUAUUGACCACUUAGCAAUUGUCUGGUGUGAUCAAUUAAGAAAAGUUCUAUCAAAAACUCUAUUCCAAUUAAUCAAUUCCAAUUCACCAACUGGUACCUAUGGCCUAAAUAAAAGAAUGGAAAUAUUUAAAAGAAAUCUUCUAAGUGGUUUUGAUUCUUAUACCUAUCCGGAUUCUUUAAAUUUCACUCAUAAAUUAAAAAUAAAUAAUGAUCAAAUUACUUGGGUUUUAAAUGAUUCCCCUAAAACUAUCCCAAUUAAUAAUUUGGAAUCAAAGAAAAGCGAAAAUAAAAUUACUCCUGAUUUCACAGUUUUUAAUAUACCAAAUGACGAAAAAUAUGAAUUCACAAUACUAAGUUCUUUACCAUUUGAGCAAAUUAAAAAAUUUAAAUCAUCUACAAAAUCAUCAGUAUUGAUAUGCAAAAAUUCAACUGAUACCGAAAAAAAUUCAAAUUUACCCUUGAAAUUAAUUGACUAUUCAAAACCUUACAACAACCAUAAAAAUCAAAAUCUGCAAAUUCAAUUGAAUUGUAUAGAUGUUUCUCACCAUUACCAAAUAAUUCCAAAAUCUACAAAUAAAAUAAAAUCACCUCUAGAAUCAUCAAUUGGCGAUAAAGAACUGCCUUUCAAUAUCAUUCAAUUGUAUUAUAAAACAUUGACUUGUUUUGACUAUAUUUUAGUAUCACAACCCAUAAUACCCAAAAAAUCUCAUAAUGAUAAUGAUUUUUUACUUGCCAAUCUUGUUAAAUCAACUUUUUCAAAUAUUCAAAUCAAUUCAAACUUUUUAAAUAUUUUAUUUAAAGGAGUCACAGUUAAAUUGAGCAAUACAAGAUCAAUUUCUGUUAAUAUUAAUUUUAAAGAUAUCUGGGAUAGCAUUUUUGCAUACAAAAUGACAGUAAAACAAUACCCGCUUGAUCUGAAGAAAUUUACAAUAAAAAAUGACCAAAAUUUUGCAAUGGUUUUUAGACAAUGGAUCCAGCAAAAUUAUGAAAGCAAAUGGUUAUUUGACUUUAAUAACAAUCAAAAACAACAUAUAUCUUUUCACUCAAUUGCCCCUUUUAUUCCAUUCAAAUUACCUGUUGGUUCUAAGGAAAACUCUCUUAAUUUUCAAGUACUAUCGGAUUCGAUAUCUAAUAAUGAUACCAUUGAAAUUAACUUAAAACUAGAUUUAUUACAAAGCCUAAGAAGUUUCGCUUUAAGGUUUAGACUAGCUCUUGCAUCAUUUCCUUUAGCUAUCGUUUAUAUGGUGUUAACAAUCCAGUUUCAUCAUUAUUCUAACACCGGUACAUUUCCAAAAUUUGAUAAUUCUCUAAUGAAACUAUGCGAAGUUAAUAAAAUAUUACCUACUUUUUUAGUUUUAUUAGUUUUUACACCAAUAAUGUCAAAUUUUUCAAUUCAAAGGGUUUUAAGAUAUUUUGAUUUUGUGGGGUAUUUAAGUAAUAUAGAUGAUAUUAAUUUAAUUGAAGACGAUAUACAUGUGAAUAAUUAUUUUUUAGGACUUGAAAAUGGACUUAAUUUGUUAUUGGGUCCAUUUUUUCACAUAUUGUCGAUUGGAAUAGUUUAUUUAUUUUAUCAUGUUUUAUUUUUAAUAAUUCAAUUUUUGGUUUUGAUAAGAAAAACUAUUGGCUUUGGGAAAAAUGUGGAAAAAUUCAGAAAUGAUAAAACAAGUGGUAAAAUAAUAAACUCAAAACGUCGUCUUAUUGGAAACGUUGUUUUAUUAAUAUUGAUUGGGUUUUAUGUUCCAUUUCAAUUUGCGUUUAUAAUAUGUUGUGGAGUACAAUUUGUUACUUGUUUUAAAAUGAUGGAAAAUAUUAAGAAAAUGAUAUUAAAUAGGCUUAAUUAUAAUAUUUCAUUUCUUAUGUUAAUUUUAUGGACAUUACCUAUUAAUAUUACUAUAAUAAUUGUUUUUAUUCAUAAUUUUGCAGUAAAUUGGAGAACAGGGUUUUCUUCUCAUCAUAAUUUUGUAUCAAUUAUUGCCAUUCUUUUGUUGGUUGAAAGAAAUUCGAAUAAGGUGAUGAUAAACCAAAAUAAGAGCAAGAUAAUGAAAGAUGUGACCAAUUUAAUAUUGGUUUUGAGUGUAAUUUAUAGUGGAAUAUAUGGAAUGAGGAAUAGUUGGUGGUUACAUCAUUUAUUCAAUAUAAAUUGU